UUAGUUUCUUCAGAGAGAGAUCUCAAAAGAGAAGAAGAAGACGAACUCUACGAAACGAUGCCGUAUUACACCACCGACGACAAUGACGUCGACGACUUCACAGACUACGAUCCGAUGCCGUAUAGUGGAGGCUACGACAUCACCGUCACCUACGGCCGUUCAAUUCCGCCGUCCGACGAGAUUUGUUACCCUCUCUCGUCUCGCUCCGGCGACGCGUUCGAGUACCAGCGACCUAAUUUUUCGUUAAACCACGAUCCUUCUGCUUAUGAAGACCAAGCUCUUAAGACCGAGUACAGUAGCUAUACCCGACCCGGACCCGGUGGAUCUGGUUUUGACCGGAAACCUAAUUCUGGAUACGGCGGAAGAACGGAGGUUGAGUAUGGUCGGAAACCUGAUUCCGGUUAUGGAGGAAGAACUGAGGUUGAGUAUGGCCGGAAAAGUGAAUCGGAGCAUGGAUCUGGUGGUUACAUGAAUCCUAGCCAUGGUGGUCACAAGUAUGUUGAUGAAGAGAGUCACAAGAAACAUAGUGGGAAGGAGUAUGAUGAUGAUGAGAAGAGUAAGAAGAAGGAACAUCAUGAUGAUGAUUAUGAUGAGAAGAAGAAGAAGAAGAAGGACUAUGGUGAUGAUGAUAAGAAGAAGAAGCAUUAUGAUGAUGAUGAUAAGAAGAAGAAGCAUUAUGAUUAUGAUGAUGAUAAGAAGAAGAAGCAUUAUGAUUAUGAUGAUGAUAAGAAGAAGAAGAAGGAGUAUCAUGAUGAUGAAGAUGAAAAGAAGAAGAAGCAUUAUGAUUAUGAUGAUGAUAAGAAGAAGAAGAAGGAUCAUAAGGACUAUGAUGAUGAUAAGAAGAAGAAGAAGGAUAAGCAUCACGGCCAUCGUGAAGACGAUGACUAAAAGGUCGUCUCUCGAAUCUGGAUUGCAUUCUUAUGACUAAAUAAGUAACCUACCUAAGCACAUUUCUCUCUGCAUUUAUGUUAACUGUUGUUUUGUUUUUGCUUUCAUGUUUGUUCUAACUUCGAUGAGACCUCGACUAGUCAUAUGGAAUAUGUGUAGUGUGCUUGUUGCUAGUGAUGUCGUUUGGUUUAAUGAAUCUCCCUAUUACUCUCUUA